AUGCCAGAGGGACCAGAACUCUUUUUAACCAGCCGGUACAUCAGCAACAUAUGCAGCGGGCUCAUCUUCUCAGGAGCUGUGGAGAAAUCGCAGGUGAGCAAGAACCCAGAGGUGCCCUUCGAGAGCGAGGAAUACUUGAUCUCCGCCGCGUCGCGGGGCAAGGAGCUGAAGCUGACCUUGAUGCCGGUCAAACGGGAAUGUUGCAAAGGGCAGGACCGCGACUCUCGGGGCCGGGAGCCGAUGGAUCUCGUCUUCCGCUUUGGGAUGUCAGGGAGCUUCAAGUUGACUCUGGCAGCGGAGAUCCCGAAGCACGCUCACCUGCGCUUCUACACCAAGGAGAGCCCCCCUCGAGCGCUCUGUUUCGUGGAUUUCCGGCGCUUUGGCCGGUGGGAGGUGGACGGCUCGUGGCAGCCGGACCGCGGACCGUGUGUGAUUCUGGAGUAUGAGAAGUUCAGGGAGAACGUACUGAAGAAUCUCUCGGAUAAAGCUUUCAACAGACCUAUCUGCGAGGCCCUGCUCAACCAGAAGUUUUUCAACGGCAUCGGCAACUACCUGCGGGCCGAAAUCCUCUACAGGUCAAAAAUCCCUCCCUUUGAGAAGGCACGGACCGUGCUGGAGAGCUUGCAGCAUCGGGAACAGGACUCUACCAUGACGCUGAGCAGAAAGUUGAAGCUCAAACGGGAGAAUCCAGAUUUGCUGGAACUCUGCCAUCUGGUGCCCAUGGAGGUCAUUCGUCUGGGUUACGAUCCGGAGAGCCCUGCUGAUUCCGCGGCCUUUGAAGCGUGGCUUCAGUGUUACUACGUUCCUGGUAUGAAAUCCCUGCGUGAUACCAACGGCAGGACAAUCUGGUUCCAGGGGAAUCCUGGACCGCUGGCCCCGAAAGGCAGAAAGUUGCGCAAAAGAAAGUCGCAAGCAAAAGCCGAGCCAGAGGUAUCGAGUCCCAAAGUAACUAAGUCGGCGGUGAGAAAGAACUCGAAGACCGGCACUCGUCAGGAAAGGGCUGAUGAAACACAAAGGAAGAAGAAGGAGGAGGGCAAACCUGCCCAAGAAAAUGCAGCGGACACUGGGGGAGCAGGCUCCAGGAAGCCAAAUACCAGGGCUAGGAGAAAGGCACUUGCCUCGCAGGAAUCUCCUGUGGUUGUCUCUGCAGCUGAACCCCGGAAAAGACGAGUGUCUGCUCGGAAGAACACAGCCUCAGCUGUCGCUGCCCCUAGAUCCCGACGAACAAAGGUCAAAUAG